AUGUCGGACCGUGUUAGUCAACUCACAGGCCAUCUCAACUACCCCAAAGGUCUACUUGCAGGUCAAGUAGCCAUCAUUACUGGAAGCGGACAGGGGAUCGGCGCAGAAGCAGCAAAGUUGUUCGCCAAAGAGGGCGCAAAGGUUAUUGUUGCAGACAUCGACGCAGAAAAAUGCAAGGCUGUCGCUGAAAGUAUCAACAAGGACGGCGGCCAAGCCAAGGCCGUGCCUGGCGAUAUUCUCAAAGCAGACUAUGUCGAGACUCUAAUUAAGAGUGCUGCUGACUUUGGUGACGGCAAGAUUAACAUCAUCGUCAACAAUGCCGGCUACACUUGGGAUGGGGUUAUUCAUAAAAUGACAGACAAGCAGUGGGAUACCAUUUUAGCUCUUCAUUGCACUGCUCCAUUUACUCUUGUCCGGGCUGCAGCACCGUACUUUCGUGUGCGCGAUGGGGCUCCUCGUUGCAUUGUUAACAUCUCUUCUACGUCUGGCGUGCACGGAAACGCGGGUCAGCUCAACUAUGCCUUGGCCAAGGCGGGUGUCACUGGCUUCACCAAAACGAUUGCAAAGGAGUGGGGCCCUUCUUUUGGUGUAAGGGCGAACACUGUCGCGUUUGGACAUAUCCUCACAAGAUUGACUGCGGCCAAGGAAGAGGGUGCCUUCGUAAAGGGUCCAGAUGGUGAGAACAUCGCGUUAGGUAUCCCUGCGAAACAGAAGCAAGCUGCGGGCGAUGCUGCUUUCGCAGAUAUUCCUCUUAGGAGAGCGGGCACACCAACCGAGGCUGCGAGUGCUAUCCUAGCUGUGGCCAGUCCGUUGUUUUCUUAUGUGUCAGGACAGACCAUUAUGGUGACUGGAGGGCGUAACAUGUAA